AUGUGCUGUCUAAACAAAGGAGGAGGCUGAUGAUGACACUGCGGGGGCGGGGGGGGGGCGCUAAGGCCUAGCUCCUCCACUGCCCAGUGUACAGCCUUGGACUGCCGGCCGCACUUCUGGCUUCUCCAACCUAAAAGGAGAGAGGAUGUGAAUGGAAAAGAACACAGAAGAGAAAAAAAAUCACCAAGACCAAUGUUAGGGAGCACGAGUAUUUUUAACAGCAGCUCACCCAGGAAAAGCAUAACGGUCCCCGACGUGUGAAAUAAGCCCGUCACGCUCACUCUCCAGCAAGCGUUUCUCGGCUGGGGCUGCUACCGGAACUGCGCAUGCCCAGUACGGCGCUUUUUCAGGCAGCAAGCUUUUUGCGGGCUUAACUUCAAGAAGGUAGGAGAUGACUUUGUGUCAGUCCCAGGCCUUAGGGUUGGUAGGGAAUGGAGCGACUGGGACACCAAACACGCAGAUAGGCUGAAAGGUACAGAAAGCGAGAAUGCUCUCCGCCUGGCCUGUCUUGCAGGUUGAAGCGACAAGUACUGAGGCCUGAAAAGGGGCCGUUGGUUAUUAGCGAGGGUGUUGUGAUGACGCCACCGUCCUGCCUGUCAAAGGUCCGGCCCGUGCGGAAAGGGAAACCCCUGCAGAGCGGGAGGCGGGGGGCAGGAGGGGCGCCUGCGCAGUCACUUCCGGGCGCUGCGAUCUGAGCCGUUACCGCGAAGCCUCUCCUUCCGCGCCGCCAGUCGAAACUUUUUGUCCACUGGGCUCCCGCUGGGGGGCGCGAACUGCACAGGGUCCCGGCUGCAGCACAGGCGCCCCACUCCGGGCGUCGCGACGGCGGAGAAGCGCUCCUACGUCAUUUCCACCCUCGGCGUUGGCCCCCCACGGAGGGGGAGGAGCCGGGGAAAGGCGCUCUGCCUGUGCGUCACUUCCGUUGAGCCUCGGCGACAACGGCAACAUGGCUCUGAAUGGUGCAGAGGUCGACGAUUUCUGCUGGGAGCCCCCGACCGAAGCGGAGACGAAGGUGCUGCAAGCUCGACGGGAGCGGCAGAAUCGCAUCUCCUCGCUCAUGGGCGACUACCUGCUGCGUGGUUACCGCAUGCUGGGCGAGACGUGCGCCGACUGCGGGACGAUCCUCCUCCAAAACAAACAGCGGCAGAUCUACUGCGUGGCUUGUCAGGAGCUCGAUUCAGACGUGGAUAAAGAUAAUCCGGCUCUGAAUGCCCAGGCUGCCCUUUCCCAAGCUCGAGAACACCAACUCGCCUCUGCCUUGGAGCUCCCCGCAGGCUCUCGUCCCACCCCUCAGCCCCCAGUACCCCGUCCAGAGCACUGUGAGGGAGCUGCAGCAGGGCUCAAGGCAGCCCAGGGGACACCCCCUCCUGCUGUGCCUCCAAAUGCAGAUGUUGUGGCAAGCACACAGGAGGCCCUCCUGCAGAAGCUGACCUGGGCCUCAGCUGAACUGGGCUCUAGCACCUCCCUGGAGACUAGCAUCCAGCUGUGUAGCCUUAUCCGGGCUUGUGCUGAAGCCCUGCACAGCCUGCAGCAGCUGCAACACUGAGAGAUCCCGCUUGAGAAAAACCCUCUAGAAAAAUAGCUGUUCCUCUUG